GUGCCAUUUGUAAAGCGGCUCACGCUGAAAAUAACAGCAACAUUUUGUCACAUUUAGCUUCAAACAAUGUUUAAAAAACUGGUAUGAAUUUUUGAGGGUCACUUUUGUGCACAUUUACAACAAUAUUUGUCAACUUAGAGAUAUUUUAAAUAGUUAAAUCCAAAUAUUAAAUGUUACACCUAAAUGUUAAAUCUAAAUAUUAAAUCUAAAUCUAAAUGUUAAAUCUAAAUCUAAAUGCUAAAUCUAAUUGUUAAAUCUAAAUGUUAAAUCUAAAUGUAAAUGUAAAUCUAAAUUUAAAUGUUAAAUCUAAAUGUUGAAUCUAAAUGUUAAAUGUUAAAUCUAAAUGUUGAAUCUAAAUGUUAAAUGUUAAAUCUAAAUGUUUCGGGUGAAACUAAAUAUUUAACUAAUAUGCAAAUUCAAAAUGCCGGUAACCGGAAGUACCAAAAUAAAAGCUUGAGGAGGUCAGUGUGUGUUUAUAGUGUCUAUAACGAAUAAAAACCAUCUCAUCCGGGGAAAUGGACUCUUGGACAUGGAUUAUCGUGAUAAUAACUACCUAAAAUAAUAAACACGUUUGGAGAAACUGUAUUUGAAGAGUACUUUGAGUUUUUAGUGUCACUUUUAUGAAGGGUGCGGGACUUAUGACCUGUAGCCACUAUAGCCAGCUACGAGGGGGCUCACUUUGACUGAUCUGUCAUGUUCGCUGGCAUAAAGGCCAGCAAGAGCCUUUCCCCGCCCGCCCCCGACCAGGUACGGUACUAUCGGCCAUGGUCGCUCUGCAAAAAUGUCCAACGAAUCGGCGUUAGCCGAGAACAUCAGCAGAGCCGUCCUGGCGGCUAUACAACAUUUUUCAACAGCGACAGCAACCACCUCAGGGCCACCACAGGCCACCUCGGCUCCCACCACCUACAAUAACACACCGGGGCCAGCCACACCCACCACCUCCAAUGGGACAUCAUACCGCUCGGUUCCCUUUCCAUCAGUUCUUCAAAGGCCUGCUACACACUCACGUUUUGUCAGAAAAAACAAAGCCUGCAAACACUAUACAAGAGAUGUUGUGUGCUUGCCUUUUUCUUCAGCAUCAACAAUCCGCAUUUCAAGGGGAGACUCAAGAGCAAAUUUGGCACGAGAUGGCCUUAUUGGGAAGAUCUCCUUUACAUCUGACUGGUCUGAAGCACAACUUAAAGAAGAAAUGACCGCCAUUUUCAGAAGAACGUUUGCAUUGGCCAGUCAUUCCCAUUCGAGCACACCAAAUGGAUGCACACCACCAAGACUGAACAUGCUCCACUUGCAAAAUGGAGUGUAUCGAACCAUUGGCAGGAUGAUGUCUACAAUAAUAGUGCAAGGGGGUGAACCACCUGCAUUCCUGUCCCCGAGUGUAGUGGACUACAUUGUGUCUGGGGACAUCCUUCAAGCUCAUGUGACACCUGAUGAUAUAGGUGACCCUGAUUUAAGGGAGAACCUCAAUAAGGUUCAACAUGCAACCUUGCAGGAUGAUUUGGAGAAAGCAGUCAGCUGCUGUGACUCAUGGCAAUAUGAAGUUGAGAGUCUUCCACUCGUAGUCACCAUGGCCAAUAGAGAUGUGUUUGUGAAAAAUGCAGUUCUAUACCAUACUGUUGUGCAACGGCAGAGCUGUCUUGAUCAACUCAUUGAUGGCUUGUCCCACUAUGGAUUUUUAUCACUCCUGAGAGAGAACCCCAGCUUGCGUGUGCUGCUUGACAUACCAGGAGAGGACAAAGGUCAAGAACCUGAUUUUGUAGCUGGUAUUCUCAAACCAAGCUACUCCAUACUGGGGAGCAACAGAAGAGCUAAGGAGGAGUUGAUGGUGGUCAAAUUUAGGGAGUUUCUCCAAUGUGUUGAAAAUAAAGAGCUGAGAGACACAUAUGGGGACAGGACUCUAACCAACGAUGAGGAGGCAUUCCUGAAGACUUUGAGCCCUGGUCACAUCCUCGCGUUUGCUACAGGGAGCAGCAAAGUCCCAGCCAUUGGUUUUCAUCCAACUCCUCAAUUAAUAUUUAUUCAUGAUGAAAACAAACAUCUUCCCAUUGUGCACACUUGUGCAAAUAAGCUUCACCUUUUUGUGAACACAACAACAGUGGCUGAUGAUGAUGAAUUUAACUACUGCUUCCUACUAGCACUAAUAAAUGGAUCUUAUUCAGCAUAA